UCGUUAAAAUCUCUCUCUCUCUCCCAAAACCCUAGCCGCCCGACCGGCUCUCACUCUGCGUUCGUGUGAGACCGAAAGAGGAUCGCUAAUCACAAAGGAAGAUCGAUCGCGCGCGUCAAUUAUUGGAAGCUAUUUUGCUCGAUGGCUGCUGCUAAUCUCAGCGAUUUGCCUUGGCAAGACGAAUGGGAACCACCUUCGAAAGAAAACGGGGAGUCUUCUUCAGAAGACGAAGGCAAGCUCGACGAUAGUGGGAGCGAGGAUGAACAACAGACGAAUCUUCAGAAUGGUCGAAGCAUUGGUAGUCUCUUUGUAUCGAGGGUAGAAAUCGGUAUGGGAAGUAAUGGAACCAUCGUGUUCCAGGGCACUUAUGGAAAACGGGAUGGUGAGAAACGACCCGUUGCGGUGAAACGACUUGUCAAGGGUCAUCAUCAUCUUGCCUCCAAAGAAAUAGAGUCUCUCAUCGCAUCUGACAAACAUCCAAAUAUUCUUCGGUAUUUUACAAAAGAAGAGGAUCGGGAUUUUGUGUAUCUCGCUGUAGAGCUCUGUGAUUUCAGCUUAGAUGAUUUAAUUCAAGCACAUUCAGAUUAUUCAAAUAAGCCUGUCUUCCCUCGUGAGUAUAAAAUCAAAUUGGAUUCUGUUAGGGAUGUGAUGCAGGAUGGUGAGUUGUUGAAGGCAGAUAGACAUCCUUCACCUUUGUUACUCAAACUGAUGAGGGAUAUAGUAUCAGGACUCGUUCAUUUGCAUCAAUUGGGAAUAUUUCAUUGGGACUUAAACCCUCGAAAUGUGUUGAUCACUAAGCAUCCAUCAUUAUGUGCCAAGCUAUCUGAUAUGGGAAUCAGUAAACACCUUCAUCUGGAUAAAAAUUAUCCUCCCUCCAGUAGUGGAAUCAGAGGAUGGCAAGCACCUGAACGGCUUCUUUGUAGUGGGCACCAAACAUGCAAAAUGGAUAUGUUUAAUUUUGGUUGUGUCUUGUUCUUUUGCCUCACUAGGGGAAGCCAUCCAUUUGGUAGAGAACGAGCACGUGACAUCAAUAUUGAGGAGAACAAAAUGGACCUAUCCUUAGUGGAGUUCCUACCAGAAGCACAUGAUCUGAUAUCAUGUUUGCUAAACCGGCAACCUGAAUUGAGGCCAAAUGCAUCGGAGGUGCUUUGCCAUCCAUUUUGGUGGAGUUCAAAGAGGAGGUUGUCCUUUCUUUGUGACCUUAGCAAUAGAUUACAAAUGGAAAAGCGGGCCAAUUCAGAUCUUUUGAAAGCAUUGCAGAACACUGCGCGAGUGGUUUUUAGUGGGAGAUGGACCGACAAGAUAGAGACUGAAGUUAUGGACCACCUUAACGAAUAUAGGACCUACAAUGGUCGCCAUGUCCAAGACUUAUUGCGAGCCGUGCGAAAUGAGUCUAUCCACCUUCGGGAAGGCCCGGAAAAAGUUCAGGAGAUUGUUGGAUCAGUUCCCGAGGAUGUGGAAGCUUACUUCGCCAAACGAUUCCCGGGUCUCUUGAUGGAGUCAUACAAAGUGGCGUUCCAAUUUUGUGAAAAAGAAGACUGGUUUCAGAAGUUUUUCUUGUCAGAUCAGCUUCUAGAUGUACUUACCCUUUGAUCCUUUGGCCAACUUCCCUCGUUGAUUCCUUCUUGUUAGAAGAUAUGCGGCAAUUGGUUGGAAGGUUAUUGAUCUAAUUUGAUUGCGAUUGUGUAUAUAUCAAUUAAAGAUUAGAUUUAGAUUUAGAUUGAUACAUAGGAUCAUUUACUUCCAUUAAUUGUACAAUCCUUGUAUUAUAUCUUUGGGGGUCUAUACAUUUACAAUACACUGAAGAGAAUAUACAAAAUUUCUUACGUCUU